AUGAUUAUGACUUUAACAGAAAAGAGUUUUAUGGGAUAUACAAUUUGUCCCUCUACCACCCGCCAAUUAAACAGAUCCUCACGUUGAAAGCCGAAGGAUCUCAACUGCAAUAUACAAAUCUCAUUUCUCUGUGGAUGUGAAGCGGUCAUUUUCAGAAUGGCGGAGCUAGGGUUUCAAGAUCAGAGUCUACUGAGAUUUGGGUUGGGGGCUCGUGAUGCUAGUCCUGAUUCUGUUAUCUUCACUCAAGAGUCCAACUUCAGUCUCUUCUCCUCUGCUUCCGCCAGCGUCGAUCGUUGCUCUUUUGCUUCCGAUGUGCACGAUCACGAUUCUCUGGCCUCUGAAGUUUCCCUGCAUUUGGCAGGACACGAUCUGCAAGAGACCUCAAGUGGUCCAGAUCUGAUUCCAAACAAAGCUACAGUACACAAGCACAGUCGUCUCAUUAGGAAGGAAGAAAAAGCAAAAGUUCUAAAGGAAGACAAGCAAGUAGAAGCAGAAGAGGAGAAUCUGGUCCUAGAUUCUGCAAGAAAUUCCUUCUCUUUAGCUCUCAAAGAGUGUCAGGACCGGAGAUCUAGAUCUGAAGCUCUUUCAAAGAAACAUGACCGGCGAAGACCUGCUUCACUGGAUCUGAAUAAUGCUACUAGCUCUUCCCCGCGGUUGGGAGGCAUGAAGAAGAGCUCUGCUUCCUCUCGCAGGUCUGGCACAUUUCCAAGCCCUGGCACGCCGAAUUAUCGGCACAGUAAUUUUGGGAUCCAGAAGGGUUGGAGUUCAGAGCGAGUACCAUCGCACACGAAUGUGAACAGGAGGCAUGUCAGUGCUGCAUUGUUGCCUUUCAACAACGGAAGGACGUUGCCAUCGAAAUGGGAAGACGCAGAGAGGUGGAUUUUUAGUCCAGUGGCUGGAGAUGGUGUUGUCAAGCCAUCUUUUCCACCACCUCAAAGGCGCCCCAAGUCAAAAAGUGGUCCACUUGGACCUCCUGGGAUUGCAUACUAUUCAUUGUAUUCGCCAGCCAUACCAAUGUUUGAAGGAGGAAAUGCUGGAAAUUUCAUGGCAGGUUCGCCAUUUUCAGCUGGAGUAAUAGCUCCAGAUGGUUUGGCUAUUCAUUGUGGUGGUCGGGGUGGAGUGAUGCCUGUGAGAACAGAGCCUUGCAUGGGCCGCUCAGCCAGUGUACAUGGGUGCUCUGAACUUCUGAACCAGUCAUCCUUACGUGACUCCCGAGAUGAGAAAUUUGAUGGGGUCAAAGAUGCAGCCACUGAUAUUUCUCGUACUGUUUCAAGACGGGACAUUGCAACCCAGAUGAGCCCUGAGGGUAGCAUCUUCUCAUCUCCUGAAAGGAAACCAUCUUUUUCUCCUUCCUCUCCUACUGUCUUGCCCAUUGUGGAGUUGCAGAGUGUCAAUUCCUCUAAAUUGGAAAUCAGGGAUGUUCAAGUUGAUGAACGGGUCACAAUGACAAGGUGGUCCAAGAAACAUAGAGGCAGAAUUCCUGGGAAGGGCUCAGAAAAUGUUGAUGGCUGGAAAAAGAAAGCCGUGGAGGCACACUCUUCAGCUUGGGAAGUUUCAGAGACAGCAAAGAGCAUUUCAAAGGUUAAAAGAGAGGAAGCCAAAAUCACUGCUUGGGAGAACCUGCAGAAGGCAAAAGCUGAGGCAGCAAUUCGGAAACUAGAGAUGAAACUGGAAAAGAAAAGAUCAUCAUCCAUGGAUAAGAUAAUGAACAAGCUAAGAUCUGCUCAGAGGAAAGCUCAAGAAAUGAGGAGCUCAGUGUUAGCCAACCAUGCCCAUCAAGUUUCUGGGAAUGCUCACAAGGCUGUAUCCUUCUGCAAGACUCGUCAGAUGAGUUCCUUGAGUGGUUGUUUUACUUGCCAUGCUUUCUAAUUUCACAUCCAGCCAUCUGGAGCUCCAUGUUAAUCAGCUUUAAGUGUCAGGUAUGCUGGGUCUCUGGUCUGGUAUAAAUAAGAGCGAGAAAUGGAGUGCUAAGUUAAGUGCAAGGAAAUGAAUGAAAGGUGUACAGCACAGAGCAGGUACUAUUUUGACACUACAUUGGUGUCAAUGCAGUUUUGUGGAAAACUUGGAGCACCAUUACUUCACCAAGAUUUCAGAUAAGAUGUAAGAUCCGGGUUGCAGCAUUACUGGGGAUUUCGAUGUGUGUAAAAAUGUUUGGAUGAUAAAGGCAUGUAUUCAUGUGUGUGUAUAUAUAUAUAUCAACUUUCAGGCUUGUCACACUAUGGCAGUUGCCAUUCAUCUGAUUGGGCAUUAUAUUUCAUAACACAAUUGGAGGGCUAAUUUUUCCA